AUGGAUUCAGCGCCAGGACUUCUUGCCCCUGGGGUAGUACUGUUUGCCGCCAUAGUAUCAGAGUCUCAGGCCGGUGCGGAUCCCCAAUCACAACAAAUCAAUGCAGCUUUGGCAGCCAGAUUCAUGACCACUAUAAUGCAAAAAUCCAACACUUAUAAGGACUACGACAUGAAACUAUCUUCGCCACAGGACUUCGCGCUUUUGUGGGAAGUUUUGUUCAGGCACGAGAUGUUUCAAGAGCUACGCAGAUUCCUUCAGUGCGACGACAGGGAAAGACUUCGGGUACUUGUGCCCCACGAACGUUACCGGCGCUCAGCAAGCCUUCUCACUCUUCAGAAACAGCACCAAUGGGACCAAGUGCUGGAGUACUGCCACCAUUGGCUCCAAGAUGUCUACAGGAACGAGGAUCAGGCUCCAUUGGACUGGGCUCCAUUUGAUGCAUUGCUCGAACUUUCAUGCGAAGAUCCGGAGAGGUACUCACUGUCUCCAUCUAAGCUUCUAAUGCAUGACAUGCUUAUCAAGUGUGUUGAUAGAUAUUGGCGGUCUGUCGGAGCCAUUUUGUCUGAACUCGUAGCCUCCGCAAAGACAUCUAAAGUGCGACAGAGCAGGGAAGUCCUCCUUGCCACCAUACUCUGGAAAGUUCAAGCAGGACGGCCAGGCUGGGUUCUGGGUUCAAAUAUCAGCACUCUGUUUCCUGCGAACAGCGAGUCUCUGGAGUUGGGAACAUCAUUUCUUAACUAUAUCUCCGAGUAUGCGAGUAAGCCAUGCUGCUUUAAUGACCUCAGGCCGAUUUUGGACAAGAUGUCGGAGCCUGAUCAAAUGGAAUGUCUGGAUCUUAUUGAGAAGCGGUACGAAGAGCGAAUGUCGUUGAUGGAUUGCAACUCUCGAUUUAGCCGGCAACAAGCAUCUGAGGGAGUAUCGCUCUUAAAGCUUCUAUAUCUCCGCGCCACUUUCGAGGAACCAGGGCCCACCCGGUGGCUACUCUCUGAGUCUCUUCGCUUACUACAGCGACUCGAUUCUACCGACCUGGAAAAUAUGAAGGAAGUGUCAAUACUCGCCGCCACAUGCUGUUUACAGCUCGAAGACCUUAGCCCAGCCGAUAGUCACAUGCGCCGCCAGCAUCUCCACCUCAUUUUAGCGGCUAUUCUACUCUCUCAGUAUCACAAGCUGGACCCAGACGAUAGGCAAGUCAUCGUGCUAUCGAUGCGCGUAAACAUCGCACUCGGCACUCCAUCCAUUGCGCUGUCUCUUCUGCAAGAUGUUCGUCUCAAGGGCAUCCUUUUUGACACGAUAGGCCACGAGUUGCUUACACGAGUUUCCUCCUUCGCCCCAAUUGAUAUAGACAUUCCCGUACGAAAGGGCGCUCAGCGCACAUGUGAGGAUCUCUUGGGAACUGUAGAUCGGAGCCUACGUUUUUAUGACACUUGGGAGCGGGACCUAUCAGAAAGACCUGUAGAUUCUACAGAGAGACCCCAACAUGGGGACAUAUUUGACGUCACAGUCAUGCGCCAAAAGGCUCGGGAGAGCUUUACAAGGCGACUGAUUGUUAUAGAGCAGCGCCGUCUUGUGCGGGCCAGAAAUCGUGAGAAAGACCUCGGCGACUUGUACGAAUUCGGGUUGUGGCUGCGAAACGUGUCCGACUCGAGGGCUUGGGACUUUGUAGAGCUUUUGGAGCCUAAGCCAACCCAAGCCAUCCCUUACCUCUCAUUUCAACGGCCCGUCCCAGGGAAAACCUGGCUGGCGACGCGUAUCCUUCACGAUGACACAUUGAAUAUAAUUGGUGGUCAUGUAUCAUUUCCGCCAUCGGAUAUCGACACUGCUGAAAAAGUAGCUUCUAGCUGCGCUAACCUCGGGGAAGAGCUUGAUACUGCCGAAAUGAUGGUAGAAGAUGGGUGGAAGAUUCUAAGAUCCUUGGCGCGUAAAUCGGGUAUAGAGAGUAACGUCCGCGCUGAUACGGAAUUAGCAAGCCUGAUGGUUCAGCUGGGGGAAGAGCUCAGCCGGAUUCUCUCCACAAUCAAGGGUCAUCAAAGCCUCUACGGAAGGUGCACUGUGCUAGAAUUUCUCCAAAAGGUCUUCUUGACUUUCGAACUUCUCCGAGGGAUCAGAUCGUUCGUCAAAUGGCACAUAUCGAAUCUGGCACCGAAGCGAUUGAAUCGAGAGAGCCUCAGUACUCUUGAAGGAGCAGUAGAAAGUUGCUGGAUGGCAUGUGUCGAAUCAACCCAGCGGCUUAUAAUUCGGUUGCGUGAGCAAGGACUAGCGCAACUUAUCGACGAGAUAGAGGAAGACGCUCAGGGAAGGGCUAUUAUGGAACACUUUAGCAAGGAAAUAGUAAUACAGGAACUUGGAAACUUACAGAAACAUAGAUUAGCUAUUCUAGAUACGAUCGUUAACUGUACACUACUAUAA